UGGGCCUCGGCCAUCUUUGGCAGAGCCUUUCCUAACUGUACGGGAGACUCCGACUUCCUUCAUUGAGCGAGCGUGGUGUGAAUGAAUUAAAACAGUUACAAACAAAAACCGGGGUUAAACGCGUAGAAAAAAAGAAUCGAAGGGGGUUAAGCUUCAAUAGUUAGCAUUUCUCUAUAAGUAGUGCGGUAGAAGCGCAGCGAGUUUUUUUUUUCCUCCCCCAGCAGAACUCCGGUUAUCAAUAUUUUUUGGUGUGUGUGUGUGUGAGAUGGCGACUGCGACCCCCAGCCGCUCAGCCGCCGGGACUCCCCGGCAGAGUGCGGACACGCCGCUCUCCCCGACCCGCAUCUCCCGGCUGCAGGAGAAGGAGGAGCUGCGGCACCUCAAUGACCGCCUGGCCGUCUACAUCGACCGCGUCCGGGCUCUGGAGCUGGAAAACGACCGGCUGAUGGUGAAAGUCUCCGAGAAGGAAGAGGUCACCACACGAGAGGUGACCGGGAUUAAGAGCCUAUAUGAGGUGGAGCUGGCGGAUGCCCGGCGUGUCCUGGACGAGACGGCCCGGGACAGGGCCAGGCUGCAGAUCGACCUGGGAAAGGCCAACGCCGAGCUCGAGGAGGUCACCAGGAACUAUAAAAAGAAGGAUGGAGACCUGGCUGCGGCGCAGGCGCGCAUCAAGGAGCUGGAGGCCCAGUGCAAUAAGAGUGGGGCCGACCUCAACACCGCCCUGAGCGAGAACAGAGCCCUGCUGGCAGAGGUGAACGAGCUGAAGGCCCAGCUUGCCAAGGCUGAGGAUGCCCACACCGUGGCCAAGAAGCAGCUGGAGGCGGAGACCCUGAUGAGAGUGGACUUGGAGAACCGCUGCCAGAGCCUGCAGGAAGACCUGAACUUCAGGAAGAACAUUUACGAUGAGGAGGUGCAGGAGACCCGGCGGCGCCACGAGAGGCGCAUGGUCGAGGUGGACAGCGGGAGGCAGCAGGAGUACGAGUACAAGCUGUCCGCGGCGCUGCAGGAUCUGAGGAGGCAGCACGACGAGCAGGUGGCCAUCUACAAGCAGGAGCUGGAGAACACCUUCCAGGCCAAGCUGGAGAAUGCGAAGGUCUCCUCUGACAUGAAUGACAAGGCUGUGAGCACGGCGCGUGAGGAGCUGCAGGAGGCGCACAUGAGGAUUGAGAGCCUGGGAUACCAGCUGACUGCCCUGCAGAAACAGGCCAGUGCGGCGGAAGAACGCAUCCGUGAGCUGGAAGACUUGCUGGCCAGCGACCGGGACAAGUACCGCCGGCAGCUGGACGCCAAGGAGCGGGAGAUGGCGGAAAUGAGGGACCAGAUGCAGCAGCAGCUGAACGAGUACCAGGAGCUGCUGGACGUCAAGCUGGCGCUGGACAUGGAGAUCAGCGCCUACAACAAGCUGCUGGAGGGGGAGGAGAGCAGGCUCAAGCUAUCCCCCAGCCCCUCCUCCCGGGUGACCGUGUCCCGCGUCACCUCCAGCAGCCUGGCCAGCGCAAGCGUGACCCGCUCGUCCCGCGCCAAGAGGAAGCGCGUGGAGAUGGAGGAGUCCGGCACCGUCGGCCAGCCCAGGUUCCAGAUCAGCCAGCAGGCGGAGACCACCGGGAGCAUCACCAUCGAGGAGAUCGACCUGGAGGGCAAGUCCGUGACCCUGAAGAACAACGCGGAGAAGGAUCAGUCUCUUGGCAACUGGAGACUGAAGAGACGGAUCGGUGAUGGAGAUGAAAUUGCCUACAAGUUCACCCCGAAGUAUCUCCUUAAAGCUGGACAGACAGUCACGGUCUGGAGUGCCGAUGCUGGGGUCACGCACGCCCCUCCCUCCAACCUGCUGUGGAAAACCCAGAGCUCCUGGGGCACUGGAGAUGACAUCGUGACCUUCCUCGUCAACUCGGAUGGAGAGGAAGUAGCCAAGAGGACAGUAACGAAAUCCCUAGUAGAGGUGGAGGAAGAGGAAGAUGCAGAUUUUGGGGAAGAGGAUCUUUUCCACCAGCAGGGAGACCCAAAGGCAGCAUCCAGAGAGUGUUUGAUUAUGUAAAAAGGAACACCUGCUUUUUUUAAAAUCCUACUUUUUAUUUUCUUCUGGAGCCACUUAAAAUAUUUUUGUACAUUU